UACACUUAUAAUUCCCUUCAAACAAGAUGGUUUUCCAAUCCAACUAUGGGGAUAAUUCAAAUUAAUAAUUUACUUAAUGGAAUUUGUGUGUUACUUACAGAUGCUGGAGUACGUAUUAACUGGAGGAAGACUCAGGAGAGCAAAUGACGUCACCGCUGCAUACGUCAUGUUUGAAAAACCUGAAAACAUAACGGAAGAGAAAAUUCACUCAUCACACAUUCUGGGCUGGUGUGCAGAAAUGACAUAUGCAUACGCAUACAUAUUAGACGAUCUCAUGGACUCAUCUACCACACGUCGCAACAAACUGUGUUGGCACAGACAGCCAAAUGUUGGCAUCACUGCGGUGAAUGACGCCACUCUAUUAUAUCAGGUGAUCUUGGAGUUACUAGGGAUCAAGUUUAGGCAUACACCUGAAUAUCUUGAUAUAGUUAAUGUAGUAAAUAAGGUAAGCACAUUCAGCCUAGUAAGGAGAACUUUCGCUUCCACUCAAAAACAAUACAGCCUAUGGCACUACGAAAUCUCAUUACUACUGGGUCUUAUGUUAAUCAAGGAUGGUCAGAAGAAAGUCACGAAAGAAUGGAUCGAUAUAUGCUUCGAUAUUGGUCUGCUUUUCCAAAUACAUAAUGACUACGCCGACUUAUAUGAGGAAGAGAGCGAAUCAGGCAAGGUGGGCUACGACAUCCAAGAAGGAAAACUAACGUGGCUUGCUCUAACAGCUGUCCCACGCUGCAAAGAGCAACAACUCGCCGCAUUCAAGGAAUUCUAUGGAAGCCCUGUUCCUGAUCAUGCAAAACAGAUCAAGCAAAUCUAUGAUGAUUUAAAAAUGCCUGAACUUUAUGAAAAGUAUGAAAGUAAACUGUAUUAUAUAGUGCUGGGCAGAAUUAGAGCGCUGCCAACUGAACCCGAAAGAAAGUAUUUCUUAAACCUUUUGGGAGAAUCGUAUAAAUGUGGAUAUUAA